AGGAUUCGCAACAUUGGAAUUAUCGCACAUAUUGAUGCAGGAAAGACUACUGUAACCGAAAGGAUGCUAUUCUAUUCUGGAUUUACUAAAACCAUUGGAGAGGUCCAUGAUGGGGAUACCGUAAUGGAUUAUAUGCAACAAGAACGUGAUAGAGGGAUAACCAUACAGUCAGCUGCUAUCUCAUUCCAAUGGAAGCAACAUAGAAUUAAUUUAAUCGAUACACCAGGCCAUAUCGAUUUUACAGUUGAAGUUGAGAGAGCAUUAAGGGUGUUAGAUGGUGCUGUAGCUGUAUUUGAUGCUGUUUCUGGAGUCCAGGCUCAAACGUUUUCAGUAUGGCGUCAGGCAGAUCGUUAUCGUGUUCCUCGAAUUGCUUUCAUAAAUAAAAUGGAUAGAAAUGCUGCGGACUUUGAGAUGACGCUGCAAUCCAUUAAAGAAAAACUUCGUGUACAGCCUCUAGUUACUCAGCUACCUGUUGGCCAGGGUGCUACCUUUUCAGGAAUUGUAGAUUUACCCACAAUGCAACUAAUCACAUGGGAUUCUAGCGACUGUGAGCAUGGUUCUACGUUUAAUAGCAGAGAUAUCAAAGAGACUGAUGACUUAUUGUGGGAAAAUUCACAACAAGCGAGAUCUGAAUUGGUUGAGCAGUUAGCUGAAUUGGAUGACGAUAUUUUAAAUGUACUAUUACAAAAUGAUGAUAUGAACCAUGAACUUCUUUCAAGCGAAGAGAUUACUUCUGCUAUAGCCAGAGUUACAAAAAAUAUUAAAGCAAUUCCAGUUUUAUGCGGUAGUGCUUUAAAGAACAAGGGCAUUCAACCAUUAAUGAAUAGGAUUACUGAGUAUUUACCAUCGCCAGUUCCUGAGAAUGAUGAAAUUAGUGCGGUCUUUGGAGACAAUCUUUUCGCAUACGCCUUUAAGGUUAUCUAUGAUCGUCAAAGGGGUCCAUUAGUAUUUUUAAGGAUUUAUUCCGGUAACCUUAAAUCUCGUCAGUCGAUCUUUAAUGCUACGCGCAGCUGCCGAGAACAAGUUAAUCGCUUGCUACUUGUUUUUGCUGAUGAUUAUCAAGAAAUUAAGUCAACAUCUGUGGGGAACAUAGCGGUGGCUGUUGGGCUUAAGCAGACUGCAACAGGUGAUAUUCUUGUAUCAUCUGCAUCUGCUGCCGCAACUACCUUAAAGAAAGCUGAAUCUAAAGAAGAUAGUGCAAUUAUACCUAGUAUAAAAAUUCCGGAACCGGUAUUUUUCUGUACUAUUGAACCACAUACAUCUGCUGAGCAAAAAGCUUUGGAUCAUGCCUUAUCGUGCUUACAACUAGAAGAUCCCAGUUUGAAGGUUACUGUAAAUGAAGAUACUGGACAGACAGUUUUAUCGGGAAUGGGAGAACUCCAUCUAGAAAUAAUCGGAAUUCGAAUCAAGGAAGAAUUUAACGUAAAUGUAGAUUUAGGUCCUUUACAAGUAUCGUACCGAGAAAAAAUUACAUCUAAUCUAACGGAACAGUCGAAAUUAGAUCGAAUUCUAAAUGGCAAACGUCAUACAGCAGCUGUUACGUUAGCUGUUGAAUCACUAACUGAAGCAGAGCCUGUUAUAUGUACACGUGGGAGUAAUUUACAGUUAAGCGAUGAGUACUUUGAAUCAAUAAGAAACUCAAUUAUUGCUACAUCGUCUCAUGGCCCUAUUCUAAGCUUCCCUGUUAUCGGAAUCAAGGUCUCAGUAAUAAAUUGUGAAAUACAAGUCGGAACGUUACCUUCUAUUAUAGCUGCUUGCGCAUCUAAUUGUUUGCAGCAGAUUUUCAGUAAGAGUGUCUGUCGUUUACUAGAACCAGUAAUGAAGAUUGAAGUUCAAUGUUUUGAUAAAGAUCUGCAAAGUGUCUUAGCCGAUUUGUCUAAGAAUCGUAGAGCAAACAUUAACGAAGUGAAUAAUAAAGAUGAAAUAAGAACAAUCUUAGCGGAAGCACCUCUUGAAACUCUAGUUGGAUAUGCAACGGCUUUAAGAAGCAUGACUUCAGGUACUGGCAGCUUCACUACGGAAUAUUCAAAAUAUUCGUUAGUACCGUCACAACAACAAGAGCUUUUACUGUCAAAAAGGAGAUAUUAG